GCUAGUCGCAGCAAGCAACAACCGUCGUUCGAACCGAGCUACCAACCUGUUACACACUACUCCAGAGCUGUUCUAGCCGUCUUCGUCGCCAUCCUCGCCAUCGUCGCGGACCAGCACGAGAAAGUGAAGGAGAGUGGGAGCCGAGCAACAACAAGUUAGACGGAGGGUCUCACCUACACCGCUCGAAAUACCCAAAUUCAGUUAUAAAGGUGCUCGCGCAUGCAGACGAACCCGCUUCCCUCGGCUGAUCCAGCCUACUCUUACAACUUCCAGGCGAUCUCGCAGUUUCCACAGCAGCAGCAACAACAACAACAACAACUCCCGAUGCAGCCAAUGGCCCAGCCAUAUCAGCAGAUCCCGUUACCAAUGCAGAUGCAAAUGCAGAUGCAGCAUCAGCAAUUGUAUCAACAACAGCCCCAGCAGCCCGGAUACGCUCAACUGCCAGGUCAGAACCUGGUGAAUAAUUUUACGCCUCAGUCAUUUCAGCCUUCGCCGCAUACCUAUCAGCCAUUUCAGCAGCAGUCCGUGCAGUCGGGACCAAAUGCUGUGCCGGGAGUUUCCAACCCACAGGGAAUGGCGGGCCUUGGCCUUGUUGGUACAGCAUUCAAUCUCCAGCCUCCACCACCUGCGACGAAAAAAGACAUCUGGGCUGCUCAGCAAGCGAAUUUGCAGGCACAGUUGAACAAGAAUAAUUUGAACGCCGGGAUGAUUGCAGAAGGAAACCUGGACGUCGCUUCAAGAAAAGAAAAGCUACAGCAAAUGUUCCAGCACCAACAGCCGACUCAAAGCCCAACACAUGGGUCUACCGCGGGAUCAGCAGGAUUGACGCCGAGCAGGGCCACAGCAGAUGGAACAUCUACAACACCACCGUCAACUGGGGAAGGCAACGGCGCCACUCUUUCAGUAAACGUUUCACCCGCUAGCGCUUCGGGAGCUGUCUCCAGUUCGAUAGCGCCAACAGCUAUGCCGCUCGCCUCCACUACAACUUCCGCGAUAGUAACAACUACCCCGGUACCCAACAUAAACUCGCCACUCACAAUCAUUAACAACCCUGCAGAUUCAAUGAAUGCACCGGUAACAUCUACGGAAGCAUGGAUAGGAAGGCCCGAUAUCACGUCCCCCGCACCCAAUGCCGCAGCAAGUGGAUUCCAGUCUUCUGUAGGCCCUAUAGCUAAUGCCCGACUUCAGAAAAAGUUCCGACAGCAAUCACAGCAACAACUACAGCAACAGCAACAGCAACAGUUGCCACUACAGCGAACACCAUCGCAGCAAAUGCCGCUGCAGAAUCAACAGCAACAAUGGCAACAGCUGAAGCUACAGCAACCACAGCAAGUACAACAACCACAGCAACCACAGCAAGUACAACAACCACAGCAACCACAGCAAGUACAACAACCACAGCAACUACAGCAACCUCAACAAAUGCCAACACAGGCGCAACCUUUUCCAUUUAACCAGGCGCCUUUAGUAUCGCAGGCAGGGCUACAACAGCCUCCAGGAAACGCAAUGUCACCGCAGAACGUCCAACAACAACUGCAGCAUAACCAAUUGAUGCUCCAGCAGCUGCAGCAAAAGCAGGUACAGCAGCAACAGCAACAUCAGCAGCAAAGGCAACAGCAGUUGCUACAGCAGAGGAUGGCAAUGAAUACUAUGGCGCCUCAGCAACAACAAAUGGCACAGAUCCAGUUCCAGCAACAGCUGCAGCAAUUGAUGCUGCAGCAACAGCAACAGCAGCAGCACCUGCAGCUACAACUACAACAGACUUUCGCUCAGAUUCAGCAGCAGCAGCAGCUUUUACAGAAGCAACAGUUACAGCUACAGCAGCAGCAGCAACAGCAGCAACAGCAGCAACAACAACAGCAGCAGCAGCAACAACAACACCAGCAGCAACAACAACAACAGCAAAAAGAGCAACACCAACAACACCAACAACACCAGCAGCAACAACACCGACAGCAACAGCAGAUGAACCAACCUGGCAGAUCUACACUCAAGAAUAUACCUGGCGCGCCGCAAGUCGACUUACGGCCGAUUAUGACCACUGAUUCUCUUACUGCUGCAGCCGCUCCGCAGCUCGCGAUUAAGGUGGACAUCAAUGAGCAAGUAGUGCAGGCAGUAAGUGGUAUUCUGUACACCGUUAGAAUGCAAAUGGGAUGGUUUUUUUGCAAAGCGUAGAGUCUAAUCCACUCGCUCUCCUCUUGAUGGACAUAGCUGCUGGAGCUUAACAAGGCAUUGAUUUGUGUUUGCAUUGAC